AACAAAAAUCAUCUGCUGUGGACGUAUACCGAGAUAGUGAUUGCAGAAGUGUAAACAAUUUUAUUGUUUUCUUUUUUAAUUGUUUAUGUAGAACAGUUUGUAAUUGUUGUAAAAUAUUAUUGCGAUGCUAGUAGAAUAACUAAUUUUAAAUAAAAUUUAAUAUUUUAAAGAAUGAAAAAUUCUAAAAUAAAAUGAAAUAAAAGUAUAAUAUUCGUAAGAAUUCGCAAGUUGUUCGUGUAAUUUUUUCACAAAGAAAAUUUCGUAUUCUUGCCGAAAAAGAAUUUCAUCAAAAUUCUAUUUGCAGCAGAUAUUUCAAUCAGUAAUGACUGAUUGCAAAAAACAUGGAUAAAAUAAAAAUUAAAGUAAUUGGUGUAUUAAAAGAACGCGAUGAGAAAAUUAACAACCUGGAAUGGACCAGGGAGUGGCUGAAAAAGUACCAGCAUGAAUUUCUUAACAAGGAAAACAUACGCAAAGAACUUUUAUUUCGCAGCAAUGAAAUUUAUCAUUUAAAUUGUUUUUUCAACAUCACGGAGAAACAGUUUCGUUAUUUGGUCAAUAUUCUGGAACCUCUAGUCACUGUUUUAGAACCACAUAGAAAGAAGAAAUCAUUUAGUGCCGAAGAACGUAUUGCAAUAACUCUGAAGUAUUUAGCAACGGGAGAAGUUAACUCAUGUCGCAAUUACUGUUUUCGGGCAUCGAAGCCAGUCAUAGUCAAAAUGAUUGCAGAUAUAUGUCAGAAAAUGUAUGAGCUAUUAAAAGACCAAUAUCUCUACUUGCCAAAAACAGAUGAGCAGUGGCUUGCCAUUGUAAACAAUAUGCAGAAGAGUUAUCACUUAUCGAAUUGUCUAGGAAACAUACUUAUGCACCAGGUGUCUUUUUAUACGCCACCCAAUCAACCAGUAAGGCCAAAAUCAUUCCAGAAAGACCAUGGUGAAGAUAACAGUAUUCAAAAGGUUCCACUUAUAAUGACAACGAUAGUGGAUGGAAAUUACAAUUUCCUAUAUAUAGAUGUUGAAAAAACUAAAGCAAAAUUUUACGACCAAAUAUAUGAAAAGUCAAAAAUAUGCAAAAUGAUUGAGGAUGGCUCAAUUGCUUUACCUAGAACUAAUACUGAUGUGGAUGGAAACUUUAAAAAUUGUGAUAUUCAUCCAUAUUUUUUUAUAGGCAGCAAAUGUCUACCUGAUAAACCAUAUUUACUAUUAAAAUCUCAAUUGCCAAGUAAUAGAAUUUUUGACAAUAUUCCCAAUUCCAAUUCGAAUUUAUCUGGCCAAGAGGUGAAUGACACUUUGUGCAUUCUUUCCAACUUGUUUCCUGUGUUAUCCCAACCAUUGCGACUAUGUGAGGCUGAUGCACAAAAAAUCAUCAUGGGCAGUGUGGCUCUAUACAAUUAUCUGCGUAGAAGUGAUAGCGACUACUGUAAAUUAACCAAUAAAAUCAUAUUACGAGGUAAUGAUGAUAAGCAGAUCGCCGAAGAUGAUGACUGUAUACUCAUUGACAACGAAGAUGAACAGAAGGAACGUGAAGAAUUUACGCCAAAUGUUUGUGUUUCUACAUGCUUUCGUUCAUUGCCUAAACAGCGUAAUAUGUCCUCUGCUGAUUUGCCAGAAAGUGAUAUUAUUCUUUAAUGAUAUUUUUCUUUUAGAUUUAUUUAGUUUAUAAAAAAGUUUUUUCUCUUUAUAGUAAUGUAUUUGUUAUUAACUUUUAGUUGCACGUAUGCAUGUAUAUUUAUUAAUUGACUUGUAACAUAAAAAUAUGUGUAUUUUCCUAAAUCGUUGUACCUUUUGUUAAUUUAUUUCUAAUUUAGUUUAAUUUCCUUAUAAUUAAUUUUUCCUUUGUUU